GAGAGAGCGAGGGGGAAGGAAGGAGGGAAGGGAGGCGAGAGGAGGAGGGCGCGCAGUAAACGGCACAUAAUGCACAGCGAGUAACGGGAACGUAAGCUGUCAGUGUCCUGAGCUGCACACAGAUCUCAUUAAAGGAUGUAUCGACCGUCGCAGCACAGUGUGUGUGGAGCCUGACAUUCCUCGCAGGGCUGUGUGUGAUUGUCCCUCCUGUUUUCUGACCAUUAUCACUGCGCCUGCUUCAUUGGCGAGCGUGUGUUUGGACAUCUAACCCCCCUCCAACCCCCCACUUCCUGAGGCCUGUCGCCACGACAACCAUGGACUGCGGAUUGCGUCUGCCGCCUGUCAUUGAGGAGGUCUUGGAUCCUGCAGAUGAUGUGUGUGACUUGAAAGCAGAGCGGCCGGGUAUAGGCAGCGAAAUGACAGCCAAAGAGCGAGGCUCACUGGAGGACAACGAGGAGAGAGACCAGGAGGAGGUGGAGGCUGGAAACGGAGAGAAGGGGCAGGAGGAUGAGCAGGAGAAGAAGGAGGUGAAGGAGGAGACGGCGGAGGAGGAGAAGGAGGGGGACAGAGAGGAGCAGAGAGGAGUGGAUGACGAAGAUGAGCUGGAGGUGCUGAGGUCGCAGGUGGUGCAGCUGCUCCUGGAGCUGGAGGAGACCAGAGAGGUGUCACAACGACACGAGGAGAGCUACAACGAGCUUCAGGGUCUUUUGGAGGAAGAGCGGCUGGCAAGCGCCCACCAGGCCGAGAGCUUUACGAGACAGAUCCAGAGACUUCAAGCUCAGCUGCGUUCGGUGCAGGAGGAACUGGACAGUCUUGAGGAGGAGAAGGCCAGCGAGCUGUGGGAGGCGCAGGAGGAGCUGCGUGUGGCGCAGGAGGAGGUGCAGGAGCUGCAGCAGGCGGCGGAGGAGGCCGCAGCCGAGCGGGAGAAUGACAUCGCCCUGCUGCAGGAGGAACUGUGCCGUCUGCGCGCCGAACUGGAGCGUCUGCGCGGCACCACGCAGGAGUACGAGCUGGAGCUCACCACACUGCGGGCUGAAAUCAGCAUGAAGAACCAGCGCAGGGAAGAGGAGGAGAAAGCAGCAGGAGAAGGUGACAUGGACCAGCUGAUGGAGGAGUGUCGCUCCUUGAAGGACGAGUGUCAGACUCUAAAGAACGACAACAAGCAGCUCUCUGAGAAACUGGAGAUGCUGGAGCAGCAGCGAGCCAGCUCAGCUGAUUCAUGCCUGGCACAGAAAGUAGAGCAGAAUGAUGGAGAAAAUGACACAGAAAAAGAUGUAGAGAAGGAGGUGACGGCUGAGGGUUUCGUCAGUACGUUGGAGGUAGGAGGAGGGGAAUGGGUGGACGCUUAUACCCAAAAGAACAUCUCGUUUGAGGGCAAACUCGUCACCCCGACAGGCAUGAGUGGAGGGUUUUCGGAGGUGUUCUCUCUCAGAGACCAGGUGAAACAGGCUGAGGAGAAAGCAUCACAGGUCCAGAGAGAGUGUGAGGGACUAAAAGGAGAGCUUAUGGAACUGCAGGGGCUGUAUGAGAGCAGCCAGAGGGAGAGGGAGGAGCUAGAGGCGGAGCUUCAGCGCUAUAGGGCGGAGCUUGAUCGGCUGGCUGGGAGGAAGGCUCAGGAGAGUGAGGGAGACUGGAACCUGGUGUUGGUUGUUGCGGUGGCAGCAGCAGCAGUUCUUCUCAUUCCCAGUUUCACCAGAGCUCUGGCCUGAGUGCUGGACAGGAAGUGACCUCAUCAUCCCACUCUGCCCAUGGUACACAAUUCUAUCACCCCGACCACACUUAUCCACCAAUGGGAACUGAAAACCAUCACUCACCUGGGACAUACGGGAACACUAUAACACAUCGCUUCCAAACUUGCCGCUUUUUGGUGUGCAUUGUGAUGCUGGUUGUUUGCCGUUUCAACUGCUUUGCUCUGCUUUUGUAGACAAUCAUAUCCGUUUCGACCAGCAGUGCUACAGACACUGGCGCCAUGCUGUGGGUAUUUAAAUGGUCAGAAUGGAGGACGACUCCAAGAGCUUCUGAUUGGUCUGACUCCCGCUUUCCAUUUCAUCAGUUGUUUUUUCUUUCCCAAAACUUUGCCUUAUCACUUUACAAUAGAACAUUUGCACAUUUUACCUCUGUAAACA